GAGAGUGAGAGAGAGACAAAGAGAAGAAAGAGAGUGCGGGACACAAACACAUAAAAAUGUAUUCGCAUCACGAAGAGAGCUUUUAACCACACAACCCUCAGAGUUGGGUUAUGUGCCACAGGAAGGCGGUACGAAUCUUCCGUGAUGUGGAUGAAUUUAUAUCGAAGAGCAACGAGAAAAACUGUUUAUGUUUAUUUUUCAAAAUGUUGAGAAAUGAUUUGUAAAUUGUUGAGGGCGAUCAUGACUCGGGGAACAGUUGUGCUUAAAGAAGUCACCCCUGGAAAAAGGUUUUUAAUACGAACUGGCAGUAUGCCUCGCAUCGCAUUCCGUGUCAAAUUGCUAAUUUUCUUCACCGUUUUCUUCCUUGGAGUGAUUAUAUUACAUUACCUGGACAUCCUUGGUGUUAUCCAUACUAUCAACUACUUAAUGCACAGGCAACAAGAUGACACUACAGUACUGUGCCCAAGAUUUGCUGGUGGCCUCGGUAACCUAAUGUUUCAGUAUGCAUCUGCUUACGGAAUAGCAAAGAAUAAAAACAUGACACUACUGGUUGAUGCUGAGAGUGAACUCAACCAGUUGUUUAGCAUAUCGGGAGUGAUACUGCCUCAUGUUGCAUGUUGGUUCUUAAAAACAAUCACUGAUUCCAGAUCCUGUGCCUUCAACAAAGACACCACGAAUUUUUCUGCUGACCACAACUACCAGAUGCAAGGUUACUUACAAUCUUGGCAAUAUUUCCAUCAUGUUGAGCCAGCUCUGCGCCGGAUGUUCAAGUUUGAAGCUGCAGUCAGAGAAAAAGCAGAAAGCAUUUUAAAACAUGCUAUUGAGGUUCACCAGAAGCAAGUCGGAAGUCAAGCUCUUACUUUUAUAGCAAUCCACAUCCGUCGAGGUGACAUAACAACAGACCGUCUUAAGAACUAUGGCUAUAAUACAGCUUCACUGGAUUAUAUCCGAAGAGCAAUGCAGUACUUUAGUGAACGUUAUCACAGAAUCCUCUUCUUCGUCUGCACCAAUGACAUGGAGUGGGCUAAGAGGUACUUGUAUAGCAAGAACAUUUACUUUGUAGAGAACCAAACACGAGAGGUGGACUUGGCAUUGAUGGCCAGCUGCAACCACACAAUCAUGACAGUUGGCUCCUUUGGUUGGUGGGCAGCAUGGUUAGCCAAUGGGGAAGUAGUUUAUUACAGAUACCCAGCUUCCCGGGGAUCAGUACUGCGCAAGGCCUUCAGCAAAGAAAUGACUGAUUAUUUUUACCCCAAAUGGAAACCAAUGUUGUGAACUCCAAUCCCCCACCACCCCAGUGCACACUCACAUUGGAUAAGGCUUUCCAUUUUUUUUUUUACAAAUGUUAUUUUUACCAACGUAUUGCUCAUGUUUUCUUCACAGCACAACUCUAUUCAAUAGAUUAUAAAUGGCAAAUUUAACAUUAUUAUUAUUAUUAUUAAGGCAGUGAGUUUGCAGAAUCCUUAGCACAUCAGGCAAAAUUCUAAGUGGCAUUUCAUUCAUCCUUACGUUCCGAGUUCAUAUUCUGCCAAGAUC